AUGGACGACUUUGCGACAUACCACAGCAAAAACAAUCAUGUCGUAACGCCCCGGCACGACGACCGACCAGAGAAUAGUGACAGAGAAUCUCUUUUUGGCGACAAUGAAGGAGAGAUCUACACGUCCGCGCCCAAAGAGGCGUUCAAACUUGGGUACUUCGAUGUCAUGUGUUUGGUGCUCAACCGAAUGAUUGGAACGGGCAUCUUUAACUCGCCCCAACGAGUAAUGCAAGGAACAAACUCGACCGGUGCAUCACUUCUCCUUUGGCUCGCUGGAGUCAUCUACUGUCUCUCAGGCGUUCACGUAUACAUCGAGUAUGGCCUCAAUGUCCCUCGCUAUACUAUCAACGGCAUCGAGCAAAGUGUUCCGCGCAGUGGCGGGGAUCUCAACUACCUCCAAUAUGUCUAUCGAAAGCCUGCAUACAGAAGUGGUACCAUCCUUCUGAGCACAUGCAUGUUUGGCUUCUGCUUUAUAGCUCUUGGCAAUAUGGCAGGCAACUGUAUCAGCUUUGCUACCAGAGUGCUUGCCGCAUCGGGAGAAGAGGAUCCGACUCCUGGUGCUGUUAGAGGCAUCGCCAUUGGCAUUGCAAUCCUCACUUGCUUUAUCCAUACGUUCUCUCGAAGAGGUGGCAUUCUACUCAACAACAUGUUGGCCAUGAUCAAGGUCAUGAUCCUCCUUCUUAUCAUUGUGACAGCUAUUGUUGUUGGAGCUGGAGGUCUGAGGGGUUCUGAUGGCAAACCAGUGGAAAAGCAUAUCGGGGCAAAUACCCAACCUUCUACCGCCUUUGCCGACUCUGGUGAUGCGAAUGGGUAUGCCCAUGCCUUUCUUGCCAUUAUCUUCAGUUUCUCGGGUUUUGAGCAGCCGAAUUAUGUCAUGGGCGAGAUUAGUCGACCAAGACGCAAGCAUCCAGUCGCUAUGCUUUCCGGUGUCAGCAUCGCCAUCUUGCUUUAUAUGGCAGUGAAUAUCUCAUAUAUGGUUGUGGUGGACAAAGAUUCCCAAGUAAAGAGCAACGUAGCGGAGCAGUUCUUUGUGCUUACGCUCGGGUCUUUGAGCAACGGCGGAACCGGAAAGCGGAUUUUCAACGCCUUCCUAGCCGUGUCAAGUAUGGGAAACAUUAUCGUCAUGACUUACACCGCUGCCCGUGUCAAGCAAGAAAUUGCAAAAGAGGGCAUCAUCCCUUAUGCCAAGUUCUUCGCUCAAGACGGCGACAUCUCCCUGGGCCGCCUUCUCAACUGGUUCAAGAAGAGAGGAAUGUUCAGUUCACUUCUGAACACACGGUGGCUCUCGCCGGAGGACCACAAGGAGAGAACUCCCGUAGGCGCCUUUGUAUUGCAUCUUGGUUCAUGCUUUAUCCUGAUAUUCGCCACCUGGCGUGCAGGUUCUGGCAAUUCCUAUGUGUUGCUCACGAGCUUGAGUGCAUAUGUCAUCAAUGCCUUUUUUGGCAUAUUCCUUGGGCUUGGUAUCCUGAUAUUGCGCUUCAAAGGACCUCCCAAAACCGACAAAGACGAGAUACAAAGCCCAGCGGCGCCUCCCCAGACGUGGCGCCAGAUGACAGGGAAGCACAUCAAUCCCACACUAAGCGUUAUAUGUGCUGUUGUUUAUAUCAUUGGUGGUCUGUGGCCCAUUGUCACCAUUUGGAUCAAGCCAAAGAAUGUUGAAAGAAACCCAGAUGAUAAUGAACCAGAGCUUCCGUGGUGGCUUGUGCCCACUAUUACAUGGUCCAUUAUCGUCGGGAGUGUAUUUUGGUUCCUUGGCUUUGUUUCCUUUGCAAUGCGUAGAAAGCACAAAAGAAACGAGAUCUUUGUGGUCGAGAAGAAGCCCGAGUUUGAGAGUGCCGAUGGACCUGAUAGCUCGGAUGAGAAGCCAGGUGGUUAUGUGCUCGUGCAUGAGACUGUCUAUCUGAGUUGGACUGCGGCGGAGAUACAUGAAACGAAAGGAUCUGGCACAACUGGGUUCCAGGAGCGACCUGGUGCAUUGUCUGCGACUCCAGUGAAUCGAUAUGCUGGGACUGACUUUGAAGCGUUCUACCCGGAGGAACGUACUGCUGUACCAACAAGGGCGUAUAAUCCAGGAUAUAGACCAUAG